ACUGAAGCCCAGCAAUUGACGUUUAGAUUGUAACAAAAAAAUUAAAAAUGUAAAUGCUGUGAAAUGUAAAAACAUUUAAAGCGAUGUGUACAUUGCUCUGUACAGGAAAAUAAUUAUUUUCCAAUCUCCGAGUAGCAAAAUUUGUGAGUAAUUUCCAUUUGAGUGAUGAUCCACUUGUGCCAGUUUGUCAUUAAAUUUUUAGACAUGUUUAUGUUAAAUUUAUGUUCAAAUAACUUAAGAAUAAUGUAGUAAGAAUUCGUGAAGCGCAUUAAAAUGCCUGUAAAUCAGUGGAAAUUUCUUAUUGUCUUGAAAGAUUCUCUUUCAAAGUUAACCAAUGACAAGAAUUUACAAAACGUUUUCGGCAAAGAUUCAUUCCAAGUUAUUUACAAUAAGUUGCCAACCGAUCUUAACAACACCAUUACUAAAUAUAUUGGCCAAAUAAGUCAUUUUAACAGACUUGCCCGUCAUGAUUCUGAAACUUCUGGUAAUUUACCAACAGUUUUUAAGACGAAACCAGGAAUUGAGGCAAAAGUUGCCCCAAAAUGGAAAAACAAGGGCAGAGUAUCAAAGUGUAGUAUAUCUUCACAAACUCACCAUGUUAUACUAUCAUUGGAGUCAGCUGAAAACGAAGAUGCUUUGCUUAGUAGAAUUGAGGCUUUUAUAUCGCACCUACAGCAAUUUCCUGAAGGACGAAAUAGUGCCAUUAGAGCAGGAGCGGUACGAAUUUUACUGAGAAUUCGCCAAAAAGUGCCCAAUAGCAACAUUCAAGGCGCAGUCAGAGAGGCACUAGCAAUAUUGGGGUACUCAGAUCCUGUCAAAGCUAAUGGAAUUCGAAUUUUGUCAAUGGACGGUGGAGGAAUCAGAGGAUUGCUUAUUCUAGAAAUGUUGAAAAAACUGGAAGAGUUGACAGGGAAGCAGGUUCAUGAGUUGUUCGACCUAAUUUGUGGUGUCAGCACUGGAGCCAUUCUGGCGUUCAUUUUGGGUAUUCAUCGCAAAAACGUGGACGAAGUCGCCGCGGGGUACAAGGACAUAAGCAUGGAGGUUUUCAAGCAAUCGCCAUUAUGGGGCACUAGCAGCCUAGUAUGGAGUCAGGCUUACUAUGAUACAUCUCUGUGGGAGAAGAAGCUUCGUGAGCAUUUGGGUAGUGAUAGUCUUAUUAGAACCUCGCGUGAUCGUGAAUGUCCUAAAUUGUGUGCUAUCUCAGCUGUCGUAAAUCAGUCUCGGUUGUCAGCUUACGUAUUUAGAAACUAUUCUCUGCCUUGGAGAGUCAAGUCGCAAUAUUUCGGGGGAAGUCAUCACGAAGUGUGGCAAGCAGCGAGGGCAUCGGCUGCAGCCCCCACUUAUUUCGAGGAGUUCAAAUUGGGCAGUUUUCUGCAUCAAGAUGGGGGCAUUCUAGUUAACAAUCCGACUGCAGUGGCUUUGCAUGAGGCUAAACUGAUCUGGCCUGAGACUUCCGUGCAGUGUGUUGUGUCGUUUGGGACAGGAAGAACGAUUCCUUCACCUGGUGAUUUUCAGAAAGAGUGUGAAGAUAGCACUAGCAGUACCUCAUGGGCUAGCAAAUUUUAUCGAAUCCUGGAUAGUGCGACGGACACUGAAGGCGUCCAUAUCAUGUUGAGUGAUUUGUUACCAGCGAAUGUGUAUUAUAGGUUUAAUCCAUACUUGACUGAAAUGAUUAGCAUGGUGGAGAUUAAUCCACAGAAAUUAGAGCAGUUGCAAAGAGAUGCGAUAAUGUACCUGAGGAGAAAUGAAGACAAGUUUCAAGAAGCAGCAAAAGUGUUAACGGAGGAGAAAACGUAUUUGCAAAAAUGCAAAGAUGUGAUUAAUUUCAAGAGAGAAUUGUACGGUUUAUAAACACAUGACAUUGAGUUUUAAUUUUAUUAAAGAAUAAAAAGUUUGGACCAAAGGAAA